AUGGCCGGCACUUAUAAAAAUUAUAUGAAACUACUGGAAGCCUGGCCUGCAGAUAAGUCUAAACCUGGAAGAGAUUUGGGGCAGUACAUUAGAGAUCGAAUAAAAUUAGAAUUUUCUACUAAUAAAGUACGAAGUCAAGCUGAAAAAGAAGAGUGUGAUCGUAACUACACAAGUCUUCAAAGAAUAUCAUCAAAUCAUUACGCAAAGUUAUAUCCUCGAAAGCUUAAUAGUUCAGGAACUGGUUUAAGUUACGAACAGUGUAAUUGCGCUCUAAGUCCUGAAGUAUUAGAGAGUUACCAGAGACAAAAACAAAUGAACCAGCUAAUACUAAAUAAAUUACCUUUAAAGCUGGGUGUAAGGUAUUUUACUCAAGUUGCUGCAGAACUAUCAGAAAAAGUAUAUACUCGACCUCACACACCCGUUAUGGUUAAUGAAGUGAUUAAAUAUUUAAAACCUUCAGCUGGUGAGACAUUUAUUGAUAUGACUUUCGGCGCUGGUGGCCAUUCAACUCGAAUUAUUGAAUCUGCACCAAAUAUUAAAAUUUAUGCAUUAGAUAGAGAUCCGGUUGCUCAUAAUUAUGCUAAGAUUAUGGCAGAAAAAUAUCCUGGACAAAUUAUACCAUUACUUGGAAGAUUUUCAGAGUUACCAGGAUUAUUGAAAGAACAAAGAGUUUUGCCAAAUAGCAUUGAUGGUUUUAUUUUUGAUUUUGGCUGCUCUUCUAUGCAGUUUGAUAUUGCAGAGCGGGGUUUUGCUUUAUCAAAGGAUGGACCUCUUGAUAUGCGAAUGGAUGGAUUUCGAUGUCCAGAUAAGCCGACUGCUGCUGAUGUAUUAGAAAGAUGUACUGAACAAGAUUUAGCUCGCAUAAUAAAGUAUUACGGAGAAGAAAAACAAUAUAAAAAAAUAGCUCGUGCUCUUAUUGAAGCAAGAUACAUGUUUAAAAGCUUGAAAACAACUAAAGAGCUUGCACGUUUAGUGGAGUCUGUUCUUGAUAAAGAUUUUCGAACUGAUAGACUUGGUAGAUUUGCUCACUCGGCUACUAAAGUCUUUCAAGCAUUACGAAUAUUUGUUAAUAAUGAAUUAAAUGAAAUAAAUUAUGCAAUAUUAAUUGCUGAAAAAUAUUUAAAAAUCAAUGGACGUCUUAUUACAAUAUCUUUUCAUUCACUUGAAGAUACGGUUGUAAAACGUCAUUUGUCUGGUAAUAUAACUGAUAAUGCUGCUAAUAUUUCAUCAAUGAGAUUCCAAAAUUAUGGAAAAACUUUUUCUCACAGUCAAGUUGUGGAUAUGACUGAAUCGCCAUGGAGAAUGCUUCAUAAACAUGUUAUACUUCCUAGUGAUGAAGAAAUUAAUGAGAAUCCUCGAUCUCGGUCGGCUAAAUUUCGAGCAAUAGCGAAAGUUAAAUAA